CAAGAGCCUUAUUUUAAAGUACUAUUUUUAAAUAUUUCAUUGUUUUCUAAAACAUUGUUAGGAACUCGUACAACACGACAAUGUUUCGAAAUUUGUGCAUAGUUCGCAAAAGACUCUUGCCUACGAUCCUAUAUCCUCGCUACAACGCUUGCAAGAAGGUGUCGACAAAUGCGGUAAAGCUGUCUCUGACUUUCAAGUCGAAUAUGCCAUUAUUAGCGUCAUUGCCAUUGAUCAGUGGCGGGCAUCGUGGCAUAAAAGUACAGGAUAUCGACAUACGCGAUCUGGCGCGCAAUGACAUCGAAUUCGCUCGCGACUUCACUUCGUCGCUUUCAUCGUUAUCGAUGCCAAGCACCCCAGAGUCGUCGCAGACUUCAGACGGAGAGGCUUCGGAGCCAACGACGGGUGCACCUGAAAGCGGAUCAUUGGAUGGCGUUGUAACUGGAGGCGGCUGCGAUAGCGCCACAAGCAUUCUGGACAAGGACGGCAAUCCCAUCGUCCCGGUCGAUAUCGAUGGUUGGGCAGAUUAUAAUGAGGACGAUGAGGGUGGUCCGACCGUUCAAAACACCACAGAAAAUCAUGUGGAAAUUGGCAACGAUGAGGAGUAUAAGGCUUUGCAGGCCCUAAUGGUACCCGACGAGCGAGAGGCGCACUUCGAGUACAAGGGCAUCAAGGUGCAGCUGCCGAAAACUGUGCACAAAGACAAGGGAACAUAUCGGUUCCGGCGCGAUCCCGAGGAUUUCGAAGCGGUUGGUGAUGAUAUGCGGCUCUGCCGAUUCGAUAAGAAGUGAAGCAACAGCAAUCUAACCAAUGCGCUUAUCCCAAAUAUGAAAACAGUUGUCCGUUAUCCCAAAUUAAUUCCAUUUACGUAGUUAAUGCCAGGCGUUUUGCAACUUAGUUUGAAUUUAAUUUUGAAGUAUUACAAAUUUAUUAAAGUAUGUGCAAUAGUAGAAAUUAACAUUUAA